AUGUCGGACGGGACCUUGUUCAAGGCUGAGAAGGAUUUUACGAAAGAUGUCGAUUCUCUGAUUCCAGAAGCGCAGGAGUUGGCUAAGACCAAUCUCCAAGGCGCGAUUGACAAACUUUUGGCACUCGAGAAACAAGCUAGACAGGCAUCCGAUCUACCGUCCACAUCCAGGCUUCUCAUUGCAAUCGUUACCCUCUCCAAAGAGUCCGGCGAUUGGAAACUGUUGAACGAGCAGGUCAUCGCGCUUUCGAAGAAACAUGGGCAGCUUAAACAAGCUACAACGAAGAUGGUGCAGGCUGUAAUGGGAUUCAUCGAUCAAACUCCGAAUAUGGAGGAGAAGAUGACAUUGAUCGAAACUUUAAGGACUGUUACUGAGGGCAAGAUCUUCGUCGAAGUGGAGAGAGCUAGAGUUACACGUAUUCUAUCGGAUAUCAAGAAGUCUCAAGGCGACCUCGCCAGCGCUGUGGACAUUCUCUGCGAGUUACAAGUGGAGACAUUUGGAUCAAUGACCCGGAGAGAGAAGACUGAGUUCAUUCUGGAACAGGUAGCUCUCUGUAUAGCUAAAGGGGACUGGACACAGGCUGGAAUAUUAAGUCGCAAGAUUAGCACAAAAUACUUUGCGCGGAAACCGAAGAAGACUCCGGAACAGAUUGAGAAACAACAAAAGGAGUUGGAAGAGCGGGAAAGAAACCGGAAGCCUGAUGAUCCACCAAUAGAGAAGGAAGAGGAUGUGACAGACUUGAAGUUGAGGUAUUACGAGCAACAGAUCAUGCUCGCAAACAACGAGAAUAAGUACUUGGACGUUUGCAAGCAUUACCGACAGGUUCUUGAUACCGAAUCCGUUGAAGAGAACCCAGAGCAGCUACGCGCGACACUUCAACGUAUCAUAUACUAUGUCGUGCUUUCGCCUUAUGACAACGAGCAAUCGGACCUCAUUCACCGCAUCCAAACAGAUUCCCGAAACUCCCUUGUCCCCGUUGAAGCGCGCCUUCUCAAGCUCUUCACGAUAAACGAGUUGAUGCGAUGGCCAAUGGUUGCGGAGCAAUUCGGGCCACACCUUUGCAGUACCGACGUUUUUGAUGCCCAAACAAACCCAUCAACUGACAACAAGGCACACACCCGAUGGCAAGACCUGCGCAAGCGCGUUAUUGAGCACAAUGUCCGCGUCGUUGCCAAAUACUACACUCGCAUCCAAAUGGGCCGUCUCACAGAGCUGCUUGACCUCAACGAGGAAGAGACCGAAAAGUACAUUUCUGACCUCGUCACUUCCAAGACUGUUUAUGCAAAGAUAGACCGCCCGGCUAGAAUCGUGGAUUUCGCCAAACCACGGGAUGCUGAUGAUGUAUUGAAUGAGUGGAGUAGCAAUAUGAAGAGCUUGCUGGGCUUGCUCGAGCGGAUUGACCACUUGAUUACUAAGGAAGAGAUGAUGGCCCGUAUCCUUCCAUCUAAGGCGGAACGGGCGACUUCCAAGGCCAAGGCUCGCUAG